AACCAAUACGGUAGCACUCUUCAUUUCGUUCCCUGAUUUCAAUCGUCCGUCUUUGAACUUUUCUUCACGUAACUGCGGCCACUUCUACGUCCCGCGUGUGUCGAACGAAAGUUUAACGCCAUCAAUAUUUUAGCCUCCCUUCUACGACGAAGUAAACCUGGUGGGCAAUUAGUGGGUUCGUGGUACAGUUAUGCAAUAUGUGUUCUCCUCCAACUUUGGCAAUCGGGUUUGGUUGCGCAAAUCUUCUUGUUAUUAAUAAGUUUAUUUCUGUAAUCGAUUGCAAACAAUGAAACUUAUCUAAGUUUUUCUUCGCAAAGUUUGUUGCAACAACAACAACGUAUUGUGGCUUCCGGUGACCGAGUAGAAAUUGAUUGAGAGCAUGCAAACUUGCACAGAUUGGGAAAUAACAAACUUUCUGGCUGCCAUUAGGAACCAUGUGGUAAUAAAAGUCUACUUCAUACUGUGGCCUUGUAAAGAACAAAGCACGCUCUAAGGAUACUUGUGCAACGAAGGAAACCAAGGCCUUCAAAAUUACCUUGGGGAGGAGACGUCGACGUUACACGUGUGUGAUCGAUAUACCGCGACGGCCAUGACCAAUCCAGCAGACAGCAGCAGUCAGUGAUGCAGCCGUCCUGCGAAUCGACGCUUCAGUUUCGGUCGUACUUGUAGACGGACGUGUGAAUCAACAACACCGAAGGCACAUCCUUCAGGGUGUGACCUUGACACCAUUUCCGUUCGUGUGACCACUGAAAGCGGUACGGGGAGCCAAACAUGGGUCUCUUCGAUAAGCUGGCCAACAUGUUGAAGAUCAAGAAGGAGCAGAUCAACAUCUUAGUCGUAGGGUUGAACAACAGCGGGAAAUCGACUAUCGUGAACCAUUUCAAGAAUCCGGACGAGCGGGCAUCCAUCAUAGUGCCAACAGUGGGGUUCAACGUGGAACGAUUUCAAAAUCAGGGAGUAUUUUUCACCGCUUUCGACAUGUCCGGCGCGACCCGUUACCGCAGCCUCUGGGAGCACCAAUUUAAAUCUUGUCAGGGAAUUGUUUUUGUCAUCGAUUCGAGCGAUCGGAUGCGACUAGUGGUGGUGAAGGACGAGCUAGAGCUGCUGUUGCAGCAUCCGGACAUCACCAAUCGGCGGGUACCGAUUCUUUUCUUUGCCAAUAAAAUGGACUGCACCGAUGCGCUGAGCAGCGUGAAGAUUGCCGCCGGCCUCGGGCUGGAGAAGUUGAAAGACAAACCGUGGCACAUUAGCUCGAGCAAUGCGCUGACCGGCGAGGGCCUGCAGGAUGGCGUCCAGUGGAUGGUGCAUCAAAUUCGGGAGUGCGUCGCUAGUUCGAAAGACAACGGUUAAGAACUGAACAUUGUGAUGGUUUUAAAUGUGUAUUUUAAUGUAUUAGCGUAUAAUAAAAAAAAUGUUACAUAUCGCUUUCACAGACAAACAGACAUGUAAAUUUCAACGGUUAUAUCUGGUUGUCUAUGAAUAUACUGUAGACUAAUUUACAGAUGACAAACUUUUCUCGAGCUUACGUCAGCUCUUUAAUAAAAUAUGUGUUGUCUCCUGCAUU